CGUGGAAUCUCCGUUCAGUCCGACGCCAGGAAACCAACAAGAGACACGCUUUUACUCAAGAGGCGCUCGUACAUUUUAUCGUAUUUGCUUGCAUUUAUUUUGACUUGUUUUUGUGCUGCUGUGUUUGCUGUCCGUGGUUCCUGCAAGGAUUUAUCGGUGCCAUUAUGAUGUGCGUGGAAUACCGGCAAACCACAACGCAGUACCGGGGUAUGUGGGACACCCCUCUCCUGCUGCAUCACGAACCGAACUCACGGCAAACAUCAUACAGCUACAGCGAAAUGUACAGGAAUUCUGCAACAGUCGGCGAGUGGGAUGGAAAGGAGUGCGUCGCCUGGGCCAGCAGCGUGAGUCGCCGUCGGGGCCUCGACCAGAACGCCGUCGAUGUCUUUUCCUUCGGGACUCUCAGCGGGCAGCUUCUGCUUCAGUUCUCCCCGCAGGACUUCAGCAUUCGUCUGGGGAACGAUGUUGGCAGGUUAUUUUACGAAGAAUUUCAGGACGUCAGGAAGAUCCUUCGUUGGAUCGAUCUGUAA